UGAGACAGCAGCCUAGCUAUCCGCCACCCGCGCCAUGGGGAAGCAGAACAGCAAGCUGCGGCCAGAGGUCCUGAACGACCUGCGAGAGAACACCGAGUUCACCGACCACGAGCUGCAGGAGUGGUACCGCGGCUUCCUGAAGGACUGUCCCACCGGCCACCUGACCGUGGAGGAGUUCAAGAAGAUCUACGCCAACUUCUUCCCCUACGGAGAUGCCUCAAAGUUCGCCGAGCACGUCUUUCGCACAUUUGACACUAACGGCGACGCCACCAUUGACUUCAGGGAGUUCAUCAUAGCGCUGAGCGUGACGUCGCGCGGCGGGCUGGAGCAGAAACUACGCUGGGCCUUCAGCAUGUAUGACCUGGAUGGGAACGGUUACAUCAGCCGGGCGGAGAUGCUGGAGAUCGUUCAGGCAAUUUACAAGAUGGUGUCGUCAGUAAUGAAGAUGCCAGAGGAUGAAUCCACACCUGAGAAAAGGACAGAUAAGAUCUUCAGACAGAUGGACAUUGACAAUGAUGGUAGAUUGUCUUUGGAGGAGUUCAUUAAAGGUGCCAAGAGCGACCCGUCCAUCGUCAGACUGCUGCAGUCGGACCAGGAAGGCCCUCGUCAGUUUUAAAAACAAACAGAAACACACUC